AUGUCAGACCCACCCCGGCGCAAAUCGAGCGUCAUUGAAUUCCACAAUCCCAAUGGCACUGUCAGAAUCGUAGGCGUCCAUGAGCUGAACGCUGCCGACAAGGCCCUGGCUGCAGAGUUUGGCUACAAGCCUGUGUUCAAGAGAGAAUUCGGAUAUCUUUCGACCUUUAGCUUCGCUGUCAGUAUCAGCGGCCUUUUCUCCACCGUCGCAACAACUUUCUCAUAUCCAUUGACCGCCGGAGGUUCCGCAGCCGCCGUCUGGUGUUGGUUGAUUGCUGGCUCCGGUUGUAUGUGCAUCGCUUGCGCCGUCUCCGAACUGGUCUCUGCCUACCCGACUUGCGGUGGCUUGUAUUAUACCGUCUCCCGUUUGGCACCCAAAAAUUGGGUUGCAUCCAUCUCAUGGGUGACUGGCUGGCUCAAUCUCCUGGGCCAAAUCGCUGGUGUCGCCUCGAGUGAAUGGGGUGCAUCUGCCCUCCUGCUGGCCGCCGUCUCCAUCGCUUCCGACUUUACGUAUGAGCCGACAGUGGGUCAGACCGUGGGUGUCAUGGCAGGCCUGACUGUCGUCACCGGGCUCGUCAACUCGUUGUCAACUUGGUGGAUGGAGAAAAUGACAAAGAGCUACGUGAUUUUCCACGUCCUGGUCCUCGUCACCUGCUGUAUUGCCUUGCUGGCACUGGCUCAGCCCAGCAAUGGAACUCCCAAGCACGACGCCAAGUACGUCUUCACCGACAUCCACAAUGUCUCGGGCUGGACACCGACUGGCUGGUCUUUCUUGUUCGGAUUUCUCUCUGUCGCCUGGACGAUGACGGAUUACGAUGCAACUGCGCAUAUCACCGAAGAGAUCCAGGAACCGGAGAUCAAGGCGCCUUGGGCAAUUUCGAUGGCAAUGCUUUUCACCUACCUUGCCGGCUUCCUGUUCAACAUCGUCCUUUGCUUCGUGAUGGGUGACCCGGACGCCAUCCUGGCCUCACCAAUUGCCCAGCCGGUCGCGCAAAUCUUCGACAAUGUCCUCGGAAAGGGCGGCGGCAUCACCUUUACCGUCUGCGCCUUCAUCAUCCUCAAGUUUGUGACCUUCACCGCUAUGCAGUCACUUGGCCGCACAGUCUUCGCUUUCAGCCGUGACAGGCUCUUGCCUUUCUCACCAGUGUGGACCAAGGUUCUGCCCUUGACCGGCACACCUGUUCUCGCCGUCUGGAUUUCGGUCUUUUGGUGCGUUGCGAUUAAUCUGAUCGGACUGGGAUCGUACACUGCCAUUGCAGGCGUGUUCAACGUCACGGCCAUUGCUCUUGACUGGAGUUAUUGCAUUCCGAUCUUUUGCCGAUUGGCGUUUGGACAAUUCCAGCCAGGUCCGUGGAAUCUGGGCCCGAUCUUUGGGCCUUUGACCAGCGCUUGGGCGUGCAUUUGGACCUUCUUCGUAACCAUCAUCUUCAUCAUGCCGACAAUCCGUCCAGUGACUGCAGAGAACAUGAACUACGCCAUCGUGUACUUGGCCGGCAUUUUGUUUUUCUCAACCAUUUACUGGUUCAGCCGAGGCCGCAGAUUUUACACUGGACCGGUGGUUGAGGCAGAAGUGGCGGACGAGAGCGGAUCCCAGGCGAGGAGCAGCGACGAUGAAAUGUCAAAGUGUCGGAAAGAAAUGUCUUGAGUGGUGCUAGAAUGAAACAGCAUUCUCUUGUAGAGCAGAAGAAACGAGAAAGUGGAAGAAAUACGACAUAGAGUGUGCAAGCUCGUGCCAGAUCUUGCCCAACUCGAACGCUACCUGUCUGUCUUGUAUACAGCAUGUGUCCCGAGCCCCUGUGUCGAUAUCGACCGCAUGAAACAGCUGGCGCGAUGAAUUGGCUUCGCUG